AUGUUGUACAAAUGUGCUGUGGUGUUAUUUUGUUUGCAUUUUUGUGCAAGUUAUAAAAUAGGAAAAUUUUCUCUUUUGAUGCCAAAUGUGCGGCCUAAUUUUCCUGAGCUCUACUUAUGUACUCCUGUUAAAAUUAAUACAGAAAAAAGUUAUUUCAUCACAGGAUUUGAACCAAAUUCUACAAUGGAAACUGCACAUCAUAUGUUAUUGUAUGGUUGCAAAACUCCAGGAAGCAAUAAGGCUUUAUGGAAUUGUGGUGAAAUGAUAAAUAAAAAUUCAGGUGUAGACACUGCUAGUCCAUGUCUCGAUGGCUUACAAGUGAUAUAUGCUUGGGCUAGAGAUGCUCCAAAAUUAGAACUUCCAGAAGGAGUGGGGUUCAAAGUCGGUAAAGAUUCCCCAAUAAAAUACUUGGUCUUACAAGUUCACUAUGCCCAUAUUGAAGAAUUUAAAGAUGGAAAAACAGAUGACUCUGGUGUCUUCCUGGAAUAUACUGAAAGACCAUUAGAUAAAUUAGCAGGUGUUUUAUUACUUGGAACAAGAGGUUUGAUUCCUCCUGGAAAAAAAACAGAACACAUGGAAACAUUUUGCUCUAUAAAAGAAAAAAAAGUAAUUCAUCCUUUCGCUUUCAGAACUCACACUCACAGUUUAGGUCUGAUGGUCUCUGGAUACAAAGUAGUAGCAGAUGAAAAUGGCAAAGAUACCUGGUCACUAUUGGGUAAAAAGAAUCCUCAAACUCCUCAAAUGUUUUAUCCAGUCGUAAAUAAAAAUCCAAUUAAAGAAGGAGAUAUUAUCGCAGCUAGAUGUACAAUGAAAACCAAAAAAGACAGAUAUGUUUAUACAGGAGCAACAAACAAAGAUGAAAUGUGCAACUUUUACCUUAUGUACUACGUUGAAAAGGAUGAACCUUUAGAAAUGAAAUACUGUUUUAGUGAUGGUCCACCUUAUUUUUAUUGGAACAAAUCAAAUGAGCUUAAUAACAUUCCUGAUUACGAUGCAUCAUCACAACUUUAA